AUGAAUGAAGUUGAAAUCGAGACAAAGACGCUGUCUGUGUCAGGACAGAGGUUCAUUGACAGGGAGUCAGUACCCACAGCUGCACAUGCUGUUGUUGGCCUGCUGUAUCCCUGCAUUGACAGCCACCUUGGGGAACCGCACAAAUUCAAGAGAGAGUGGGCCAGCGUAAUGCGGUGCAUAGCAGUUUUUGUUGGCAUUAAUCAUGCAAGUGCUAAACUAGAUUUUGCAAACAACGUCCAGCUGUCCCUGACUCUGGCAGCCUUAUCACUGGGUCUUUGGUGGACAUUUGACCGAUCAAGAAGUGGUCUCGGACUUGGGAUUACAAUAGCCUUUGUAGCAACUCUGAUAACCCAGUUUCUUGUAUAUAAUGGUGUUUAUCAGUAUACAUCCCCAGAUUUUCUUUACAUCCGUUCUUGGCUUCCAUGUAUAUUUUUCUCAGGAGGUGUGACUGUAGGAAACAUAGGACGCCAACUGGCUAUGGGUAUACCGGAGAAACCACACAAUGACUAAAGCCUCGAAGAAGAGAGCACAGUACUGAUGUGAAGGCAACAUUGCGAAGACGUGUUCCUGUUUUAAAUUGAAGAUUAUUUAGAAAAAAUAAUCUCUUUAUGGGCUCACUGCACAAAUGACUUGUGGAAAAAAAAUUAAUCCACUCUUAGAAUAGCCAAGUGAAAUUAACUGCUUAUCUUGAAAUCUUACCCUGAUUUACUGCAGAAGCAUUUGCGUAUGGCUGUUCUCUGGAAGAGUUUAACACCAAGUUGCUUACAACUGUUCAGGCUAGGUGGCAGUUUUCCAAGUAUUAGAUUCCAAUGUAAGUUAUUGAAGCAGCUGCCGUAUUUUAAAGCCUUGAAACUGAAAUUUAAUUACAAGCUCUUGUAUCAGUGCCCAAAGGAAGUAGAUCGAUGGUGCUUAACAAUGAUGAAGUAUGGUUUAAUAGGAAUAGUAUUUAUCCAAAUCUUUAAAAAAAUAGGGUUAUUUAAAAAUAAGAGUGAUCGAAACAGAUUAAAGGCAUUGCACUAGUGCUUUUAGGAGUCUUAUGAAGGAAUUGUGCCCUUACUCGUAAUGCUGCGUAAAGUUUCUGUCUUUGACGGUGGAGAGGCUUGACGAGACAAAAUUUGGAAGUCACUUGGUUUGGAAUUUCUAAAUUACUUCAGUACAAUAGGUGAACACUGGAGACAAUCUUGGUCAAACAUGGACUUUUAUCAGAAAAUUCUGACUGGAAAUUUCAUUACUUGUGAAGCUGUCAGUCAGAUUUGCAAGAAUCAAGUUCUGGCCCCAGUUCAUUAAGAAAUUUAGGUGUAUAGGUACUCCUGCUUGGUAUUAGACAUACUUCACU